AUGGCUAAGGUCGCCGACGGAGACAUGACAUCGGUCGCCGGCAGUGAAGGCGCUCCGAAUACGGUUCCUUUGUUCUUCAUUCUGCUCUGCACAAUAUGUAUGGCCGUUCUUUACUCAAAUAUACUUACCUACCAUUUAACUAUCACGCAACUACACAGCUACGGUAACGGAUCGAUUGCGGACUUCUAUGACGAGUAUGGUAUUCGCGAGAUAAACGACUCACGAGUGAAAAUCACUAUUCAAAAGCAUCGAUUUUUGUCAAAUCCACAAAAAGAGGCACUCAUCUCGGUGGCGCCGUUGGGCGGUCUCAUCUCCUGGUUCCCGAUCGCCGUUGCCUACAAUCACAUGGGAUUCAGACAGAUGGAAAUCUUAACAGAAUCUGGAAAGUCGAAGAAGAUAAUUGCAUUCUUUUUCGGCAGUGACAUGAUGACGCUUGUACGUUUUUCUCUGGCCGCAUUUUUGCCAUACGUGUGCAAAAUGGCAAUCUUCAUUCCCAUGAAUUACAUUGCUACUCCAACAAUCGUCUUCUCUUACAUUCAGAUUGCAGCGUGUUUCGGUUUUCCGAUCUUCUCGCUGUUGUCGUGGAGCGGCCUCGGAUGGCAUUCUGUACACUACGGCGGCUGCAUCGCGACCGCGGUUCUCUUCGGUGUUUUCAUGCUGAUUCACUACGACGACGAGUUCAAGGAGAAGGCGACCAGAGAGGGAACUUUCAAUGAUAUUCGAGUUUGGUCGGUGUUCGCUGCCGCAUUUGGCCAUUUCACUGCUAUCAAUCUCUACUUGACUUUUGGUGCCACAUUCUUGAACAAGGUGGUCUCAAUAUCGAUCGUCGGCACUGGUCUUCUUCUCGCUAUUCCGCCAGUAUCCAACACCAUAAUCAGUUUUCUCAUGUAUGGAAUAUUUUCGAAACUGGCGAAUACUGAGUUAACUAAACUUCGACUUUUCAACACUCUUGGAACCGUGCCAUCCGGCAUUUUCUUCACCCUGAUUGGUUCGUUUGAUCCAGAACAUCAGCGGGGUUCUGCUACAGCACUUUUCAUUAUCGCCAGCUCCUUACUGGGCUUCAGCUCCUGCGGAUUUUUCAGGAUGAACCAGUUACGCUCGAGACAGCACCAUAUAUUUCUACUUGCGAACCUUUUCCUUAUUAACUGCGUUUCAAUGUUUCUCACGUCUCUUUUCAAUGUGUUGAUCGCAAACAAUGAUGAUUACUCAACGUGGGAAGCUGUAUUGAUUCUGCAUGGUGUGAUUCUGAUCGUCACCAACGUAGUAUUCUGCGUUUUUGCAACAGCAGAUGCAGCUGACUGGACGAAAGACGGUUAUGAAGAUUCUUCGAUCCGACCAACAAGGGAAGAUCCUCUCCCCCAAAGACCCCUAUGA